CCUGGGGUUGUGUGGGUCCAUUCAACAUUUUCACUGGAGCUAAUUAACCGAAACAUCGCUAUAAGUCUACAAAUACGCCUUAUGAAACAAUAGUUGUUGUGUAACCAAACACUGAACACACGUCAUAUGGGUUACUGAGUCCUCAUUCCGUCUGUGGAAGCGCUAGAUAGCUGAUUCACCAAAGUAGCCUAUAGCCUUCAGUCGUCUGUUCACUCGAUGCAAACGACACUACAGCCGCUCUGAAAAACGUUUAACCUGGAAACGUUGAAACAAAUCGCCCACAGACAAUCUGCAAUCACACUGAAAUACAAAGAGAAUUCUGCCAGUAGGCUAGACAUUGUACCAGCGCGACAGCCCAGUGCGUGACACCAGAAGGCACAGGGCGAGCGCAGGCUACUCUCAUCUGUGCGUAUCCCUCCGUCUAUAGCGAAUCCGGACAGGGCUCGCUCCUUACGGUCACUCCCCAUUCCAUUUAAGGUGCGACGACGGCUGAUGACGUAAAGAGUGAGGUGUGUGUGGGAUGGAAAAUGAACAUCAGUGAAUGAAAAAAGCGCUUGGAAGUCACUCAUUGCCCACAGAAACGGUGCCAGUUACAUAACUUGAUUUCACGAGUAAGGCGAGGUGAAAAGCUCUCUCUGUCUCUAAGUAAGAGAUUCAUAAUCUCUUUCUAUUGGAAUCGGCGUCUGGUUGCUCACCAAUGCAUGGUCAGCUCUUGGGUCCAAUGCAAGUGUUACCGAAGCAUUAGACAAUUAUAAGAACCAAGUGGAUGUAAAGGAAAAAGUAUGAGAUCCUAGCAGUGACAGAAGCCCAUGUGCAGCAUAGCGCACGCCUCAGGAGGAGGUCCUCAUGACUCUGUUGAAGAUCUCAGGAGUUAGUCUGGUCAUCAGAUCAACCUUCAAGGCUAACCCAGGCAGCAGAUUGUCAGUGCACUAGACGCAGCUGCUAAGCUCAAUCACAAGCGCAGUGGUGUCAGACCCCCUUCCCCCCUGCACAGUGGCUAACGGUUAGCUUGGCUAGGUGGCAGCGACUAAAAGUUAGCCUGCUAGCCAGCAGAGGUCUGGGGGAGGAGAUACAGAUCACUGUUUCCAGGCGAGUGCCAGCACAGCCAGCGUGAAUGGCAUACGCUAGCCUUAACCAAGAGACUGGAUGGGAGAGGGCGUGAGCAUGGACAAUCUUAGCGAGUUUGGUGGCCUUUGUCCGUCUGGCCGGCGGGAAUGGGACACCAGCAGCUGUGUGGAUGAUCUUAUGGAUGAAGAUGAAAAAGACAGAGCAAAAAGAGCGUCGCGUAACAAGUCGGAGAAGAAGCGCAGAGACCAGUUCAAUGUGCUCAUUAAGGAGCUGUGCACAAUGCUGCAGGGGCAGGGCCAUCCUCGCAAGAUGGACAAGUCCACCAUCCUGCAGCGGACCAUCGACUUCCUCCAGAAACAGAAAGAGAUCACUGCUCAAACAGAAUCAUGUGAAAUCAGACAAGACUGGAAACCUUCAUUUCUUAGCAAUGAGGAGUUCACCCAGUUGAUGCUGGAGGCUUUAGAUGGUUUCCUCAUUGCACUCACCACAGAUGGGAACAUCGUCUACGUGUCUGAUAGUGUAUCUUCAUUAAUUGGCCAUUUACCGUCAGAUAUGGUGGACCAAAACAUUCUGAACUUCCUCCCGGAGCGGGAGCAUGCCGAGGUCUACAAGUUGCUUUCCUCACACAUGCUCAUGACAGACCCCAUUGCUGCAGAUUUCCUUGAUGGUGAAACACACAUUGAGUUUUGCUGUCACUUAGCCAGGGGAAAUAUUGACCCCAAGGAGCCUCCGACCUAUGAGUAUGUCAAAUUCGUCGGAGAUUUCAAGUUUCAUAACAAUGUGCCUACGUCGUCGUGUAACGGCUUCGAGUUGACGUUCCCCAGGACCCUGCAGUCCACCCUGGAGGACCAGGUCUGCCUUGUGGCCACGGUGCGCCUUGUCACCCCACAAUUCCUCAAGGACCUGUGCAAUGUUGAAGACCCAUGCGAUGAGUUCACGUCCAGACACAGCCUGGAGUGGAAGUUCCUUUUUUUAGACCACAGAGCCUCUCCUAUCAUAGGCUAUCUGCCAUUUGAGGUCCUGGGCACCUCUGGCUAUGAUUACUAUCAUGUGGAUGACCUGGAGCUCAUAGCAGAAUGUCAUAAACAUUUGAUGCAGUUUGGGAAGGGUAAAUCAUGUUACUACCGGUUCCUCACGAAAGGCCAGCAAUGGAUCUGGCUCCAGACCCACUACUACAUCACCUACCACCAGUGGAACUCCAAGCCAGAGUUCAUUGUCUGCACACACGCUGUAGUCAGCUAUGCUGAAGUGCGGGCAGAGAGGAGAAGGGAAUUCGGACUUGAAGAGAGUUCCACUGUUAUGGCUGCCUCUUCUAUGAAGGGGCAGGAAGUCUACAUGUGUCCCCCUUUGGAUGCUCCGGCAGAGAGAAUCAGUGGGGCCCACUCAGUGUCCUCUCACAGUUCCCGCAAGUCAUCACACACGGCACUGUCAGACUCUGCCUCUAACUCUGUGUGCACGUCGUCAAGGAAAUCAGCCUCCAUUGGACCAGAAAAGGGUUCCAGCAGAAUGUCACAAAGUGGCUCAAAGGUGCUGAUCCAGAGACAGGGCUCAUCAGAGCUCCUCCCCCUUUCACCCUCCUGCAGUCAGCACUCCGUCAUGCAGCAGCAGCAGUCGUCCAUGUACGGGUUCCAGGAGCCACAGCUGGGGGUGAUGCACCAGCUGAAGGAGCAGCUGGAGGAGAGGACGCGCAUCUUGCAGGCCGACAUCAAGACCCAGCAGCAGGAGCUGCACGACAUUAAAGAGAAGCUACAGCUGGCAAACUUACAGAUGUUGCUACAGCAACCGCUCCACAGUGAUUUCCCCUCGCCGCCGCCCCAGCAGCAGGGCCCGGGGCGGCCGUCUCAGCACGGCCAGUCGGGUGUGAUCAGGCAGACCACAGGGCACCCCAAACCCCCCAUGUGUGGACCUCACAGCUCCAUAACCCCACACGCGCUACUGAGAGACGCAUCCAACAGCUCCUCACCACAGCAGCAGCAGCAGCAGCAGCAGCAGCGACUGGGCAUUGGUGGUUCUAUGCAGACAGUGAGCUUGCCCGUGCAGACCCAGACCAGCCUGACCAUGCCCUUCUACAGCAACCCCAUGCUCUUCUCCCACACCAACCGUCGGUCCCUACAGGAGUCCAGCCAAAGACAAGUCGACACCACACACUACGGACAGGACGGACAGCUACGGAUGCUGCUAAACCAGCCCAUGCAGACACUCGUGCAGGAUGGCAGUGGGUCUACCCAGUCCUCACAAUGCAAUGCUGCCAUCCAGCAAACCAAAUACUCUCUUGAGCAGCAGAUGAUGCCGCCCUCAUUCCAGCAAAUGAACUGUAAUGCUGUGUUGGUGCCCUCGGCGGUGCCUGUCUUCACCUCGCCCAUCAUGAUCCCCCACAACACCUUCAUCACCCACCAGGCCCAGGCCACCUACCAUCCUCAUCCUCAGCACCCGCCUCAGCAGCAACAGCAGCAGCAACUACAGCAGCAACAGCAACAACAGCACUUCUUUCAGAUGCAGCCCCAAGGUCUCUUACACAGCAGUCAAACUCAGGCCUUCUUCCACACCACUAAUGUCCCACAGCAAGGUGCUGUGGGCUACAUCCAGCAACAGCCACAGCAACAACAGCAGCAGCAACAACAACACCAUUCCCAGACUCAAGCAGGCAGCCUAUCAGACUUCAGGAACUUGCUCCAGCGGUAGCCACGCCUCCUGGGGAAAGAGAGGCUUAUGACCGCAUUGAGCACUUGGCCAGGGGUGAGGGGCACCGUUUUAAAGGGAUGCUGGUGAAACAAAAACAAAUAAAUGAAAUGAGUCGAAGGAGGCUCUCUCUCUCUUUGUCAAGGAGACAUAUGACUCUUAUUUCCUAGACGACAAAGGCAAGCGUGCUCUCUCAUAAACAAAUUGCUAUCAUGAGGAAGCCAAAGUCCAGCUGUUCCCACGGCGAUGCCCUCUGACCUGCGAGAUUCAGCCCCUGGGAGACCUUUUUGCCCUGUGUUGUCAAGAGUGGGGGACGGAAGGGGGCCUUCUGCCGCCCUAAUGCCUCACUCACAGAGUUCAUGGCUGCUUCAUGCAAAGGAUCUUGGGAGAUGGGUGUGGCUUGCUGUGCACGUGUGCAGGGGUGGUGCUUUCUUUUUGUUUUUAUGGUGCUCAAGGGGAGGGGAUUGUGUGUGUGUGUGUAUGAGUGGGAGGGGGGGAGGGGGCGGUGUGUGUGUGCAGAGACUCCUCCCUGAUGCUGACGUGUGAGAUGGAGGCAAAAACUCAAGCCUGAGAAGGAAGAAAAGGAAACAAGUAAAAUGCACUGAGAGGAUCACAAUGUCAUUUUGGAAGAAACAAAAAGAAUCAGAUGUUUGGUUUGGUCAAUUAUUGCGGAGCAGGAACUUGCCCAGUACUAAGAUGAGUCAGGUCAGAUGACAGAAUCACACCCCUUUCUACAACAUCAGGACAAGCCAAAUCACUCACUUCGCCCUCUUCAGUCAAACCACCAGUAUGUCCCAUUGGCAGAGGAACACACAAACACAGCUGCUUAGAUCACUGCUACUUCAGUCUGCCCUCAGCAGACCAGACAGACUCCACGCUUCUCCGUUCUGGUCUAGACAAUCAGUUGUGAGGAAGAGAGAUGAGGACGAUGAGGAGGAGACAUUAGGCGAGGAAUCGCACCCAUCUCCCAUUAUCCCCUAUCCCCACCCCAGGCCACAUGCUGUGUCUUGCCAUGUUGGAGUAAAACACAUCACUGAGGUAUCAUCAAUAGGUCAAACAGAGAUGAAUUAGCAGCGUACACUCACACUUCAUUAUCAUUCAAGGUAACAUGGUAACAAGUCAUAGUCAGGAUUUUGUCUAAACAUGUUUGGGAUGAGAUUGCUAAUGUCUUCUCGCCACUCUGAAUUUCUAAAUUGCUGGGUUACCUGGAUUGCUGCAUGUGGCGUGUCACUUAAAACAGACCUAAAAACACACAGCACACAAGCUAUCGCCCAACAAACAGGAACACAAAAUAGCUGAAGUGAAGCUAUGUGAGGACAUGAUUUAGUCAUGUCUCCUUAAGACAGCUUUUCGAAUGGCCCCUUUCUUCACAUUCAAGUGUAGAAACAAGCUUGUAUGGAUGAUGGUGCACUGCAUUUUUUUAGGUGGUUUAAAUGCAACUCUCUCAGUAUUACACAAGAGUUCCUAUUAUGUAGUUAUAUAUUUUUUAUAAUGUAUGACUCAAAUUUACAUUGUGACUGGAAGCACAUUAAUGAUUAUUUGUGCAAGCUGAUCGAACACCCUUUUCUUACGGCAUUGUCAGGAUGUGCCAUUUCUAUUCCGUGCAUGCGUGCGUGCGUGUGCGUGCGUAUGUGUGUGCGUGUUUGUUUUGGGGUUUGUGAGAUCAGGACAUGGAUGUUCUCCCUUUCUGCUGUCAAGGAACAAGCCAGGUUAACAAGAGCAGAGACAUAUGAGAUCAAUGUAAACGACAAUCACAGAAUUUCAGUUGUACACACUUCUACACACGGUGGCACUUUGUAGGCAUUCAGGCAAGUCUGUAAACCCUUAUAUCCACAAACACUCAGAGAUGUGCAAACCUUUAACCAGUCCACAUACUGAGUGCAUCUAUGUAUUCAGGUUGGAAUAAAAUAGGCUUUAACAUUUUUAAACUGUUGACUAAGCCAACAGAUACAUUUAGGACCUAUUUCCCUUUAAUACUGAGCACAGCAUCCUUUGUCACUUUGUCACAAAAUGGCACUCUUGAUUCAGAAGCCUUGGUUGGCCAAACUGUAGAGUUUGAGAUCACACUGGCAGAAAGGUGAUCAACACAUUUUGGGAUUUGAAUGCCAAGAGUGAAGGAAAGGCAUAAGAAAGACAGAAAGAAAGGAAGAACAAACGAGAAAGAAAAGAGAAAAGGAAAGCACUCUGAUGGCCCCUGCGUUCACUGCCUCUCUAGUGGCCUGUGUGGUGGGUGAGAGGCUGCCGCCCACGUUUGUAAGCGCCGUUCGCUUCAAAGGACUGGUGCUGCUCUUUGUGGAAAAAAAGGUUUGAAAAGAAGAAAAAUUAUAGCAAUGAGCAGGAAAAAAAAGAAACACUAAAAGAUUCACAGUAUGUGCCGUUUGACCCUUUAUUAUGUGCAAUUUAAAAAAGAAUGUUUAAUUUAUACUUUUAUGAAAUAAUGUCUUUUAGGUUUCUGUAUAUUGACAUACUAAGAGCGAGAUCCGUGGUAGUAUACAACCAAUGUACUGUGUGAAUUAAAUGGAAAGUAUUUUUGUAUGGAAAAAAGAUAUCCUUUACAUUCCUUUGACAAUGGGUGGCACAGUGUAGUGUUUUAUUGUUAGUGUUCCAAAUUACGCAACCACAUGAAGGCUGGCUGUGCAUGGGCAGUUCAGUUAGACCCACUCACUCCUAACACCUGCAGAUAUGUCCCCAGAACAUGACUGUAAAACAAAUGCUACGGUUUCACCUUGAAGCCUUUUGGGGGUGCAGUUUUCAAAAGCUUUCCACAGGGAGAUUGUUGAUAGUUGUCAUGUGUUAAGAGACUUUUGUUUGCAGUCGAUAGCCAGCUGUAUUGCGAAUAGCAAUUCAAUUCAUAUGGCUUGGCUUAUUCAAGUCAGACAAAUUCCCUUAGCCCAAAUGAUCCAAUCAAGUGAUCAACAAAAUCAUGAUAUAUUCUCCAACGUCAGAAACUUUAACAAGGUGUAAAGCUUAUUAUAUAAAUCCAUCUGAACACCGUCAGACACAACUGUAUUUCAGACUAGCUGACACAUCACAAACAUGCAGAUGAAAAAGUGCAUGUUCUUGCAUGUUUUUUGGGUAUAUAUUUUAAUCAAGCUUGAAAUGGACAGUUUGGACAAGAAAAGCACUCCCAAAACAAUAUUUGAGCAAAGGUAAUGACAGGUCAACCAAACUUGCCUACAGGAGAAAUAAGGAACAGUAUUCUUUCUGACACUUUUCAUCAAUCUGUGCUUUUGAAUUGUGACGUUUGCUUGUUCUGUCACCCAACUGUAUUCUCCAAACUGCAGCGAAGUGAGUCAUCUUCAGACUCUUGCUAUACAGACUUUUUGCAGCUCUUCACUCUGGCCUUGUGUGUCUAAUUAGCAGGACUGUGGAUUCAGUUUACUUUUGUGAAAUGUAUUGUUUUGCUGUCAGCAAAAACUAUUUGACACUGGCACCUCAAUCCGUAGUCUGCAAAACAUCUCAGGUCUGCCCAUUGCACCUAUUCAGUUGUUGUUCUCUGUCUUUGAAUUUACCGAUUUCUUGGUUCAAAGAAUCAUCAGUGAGAGGAAACGUGAGAGCGUUCAAUUCCCUUUUAAAAACCUUCAACGACUGAGAGUGUCCAAGUUGUGUCAGUGACAGAAACUUUUCUUUUGAAUAUGUGUUCUGUGUUGUAUCACUGAGUUUAAUUUUUAAAAGGUUUCCUCAAUUUCCCCAACUUUUUCAACUAAUUUCAGUCUUCUGUAUAAAGGACAUUUUUUUUGUGGUGUGCAUUUGGUUUGGUAUAUAUAUAUAUAUAAAAGUCCCUCUCUAUCUACGCUACUUGUGUUUGUCAGUUGUGAUGGCUUUACCAUAAUACAUUCAAUGGUACUGAUUUCUCUCUCUCUUUCUCUAUCCCACUCUCUGUAUGUCUGUCUUAAAUUGCCUCUUUCUGACCUGGUUAUUUUAUUUGCUCUCUGUAUCUGUAUUUGCCCCCAGAAUAUCCUCUGCAGUUCUUGUUUAUUUUUUUUUUCUAUUUUGAAGGCAUUCGGGCUCCGUGAUCUCCAUCCUCUGCCUCUGUGGUUUAAAGGGUCGAUGUCAACCAUUGUGUUCAGAUGGGGGUUUUAAUCAAUGCAUUCAGCAGUAUCAGGGUAGAGGAAGAUUAGGAAAUACAAGACCUACCCGAAUGGCCAUUUCUGUUCAUUUGAAACAGAAAAAAAAAUACAUUGAAGAUAUUGUAAUAUAGUAUGUACAAAAAUGUUUAGAAUAUAUAGUUGUUUAUUUUAUAAAAUGUCAAAUAGAUUGAGAUACAUUUAUAUACAUUAUAUGAUUCAAAGGUUAAAAAACAGAAGUAUUUUGUAACAGAAUAAUUAUUGAAGUGUCUUACUGGGGGAGGUGAAGUCUUUCUUUUCUUCAAUACAGCAGUGGGUGUUGCACAGUCAAUGAUAUUGUAUGGAUUUUCCUCUGUGUAUAUACAUCAAAAUAAGCUUUAACAUAUUGUUAAUAUUGUUUUAAAAGAAAUUAAUAAAAAGUUUACAUUCUGAAA